GGGCGGGGGCCGGCGGCUCGAAGGCCCUUUUUGGCGCAGCGGCUCUGGCGCCGCCGUCCGCCGCCGCUGGGGCCCGAGACAGGCGAGCCGGCGACGGCGGCGCUCGUGCGGAGGCCUCCUCCCCUCCCCGCGCGGUGCCGCAGGAUUGCAGCUGGCACUGGAGGGUGGGCAGCUCCAGGGAGGGGCGCGCGGGAGCCCCGGCGCCUGUGCUCCCGGCUUGGAUGGGUUUGGCUGCCCGCGGGAGCGCGGGUGUGCUCACUGCGGCGGCGACCCCCGCGCGCUUCCGAGGAGCCCCGCAGGAGCGCCCGCCCCGCGGCCUCGCCUCCCCGCCUCCCCGCCGGCGCCUCGGGACGCGAUGAGGACCUGGGCUUGCCUGCUGCUCCUCGGCUGCGGAUACCUCGCCCAUGUCCUGGCCGAGGUGGGUGCCGCCCCCGCCCCGUCCCCUGGCCGGAGCUCCCCCGGGGCGCCCCGGCCUCUGCGGAGCGCGCGCGGAUGCCUGCUCGGCUGGCGGGGUUCGGUUCUGUUUUCUGCCCUGAGUGUGUGCCUGGAACCCGGGAUCCCCCGCGACGUGCUGGACAGGCUCGCCCGCAGCCAGAUCCACAGCAUCCGGGACCUGCAGCGGCUCCUGGAGAUUGACUCCGUAGGGGCUGAGGACGCUCCGGAGCCGAGCCUGAGAGCCCCCGGCGUCCACACGGCCAGGCAUGUGGCCGAGAAGCCGCCAGCGCCGGUGCCCGUGCGGAGGAAGCGUAGCAUCGAGGAAGCCAUUCCUGCCAUCUGCAAGACCAGGACGGUCAUUUACGAGAUACCUCGGAGUCAGGUGGACCCCACGUCGGCCAACUUCCUGAUCUGGCCGCCGUGCGUGGAGGUCAAGCGCUGCACCGGCUGUUGCAACACCAGCAGCGUCAAGUGCCAGCCCUCGCGGGUGCACCACCGCAACGUCAAGGUGGCCAAGGUGGAGUAUGUCAGAAAGAAGCCCAAGUUGAAAGAAGUGCAGGUGCGGCUGGAGGAGCACCUGGAGUGCGCGUGCGCGGCCUCGAGCGCGGGCCCGGAGCACCGCGAGGAGGAGGCAGGGACCCUCCUGCCCGCGCCUGGUGGCGUCCAUCCUCAGGGUUGCCUCAGAGCCCACGAUGGCUGCCAGAGCUCCAGAAAUCACAUGCAAGCCCUGGGCUGGAAGAAGAAGAUGUGAGGUGAGGGCCCCGGCGCCUCCUGGGACACGGAUGUGCGUGGCGUGUUACAUUCCUGACCUGCUCUGUACGGUGCUUCCUUGCCAGCGUGCCGUCUUUGUUCUCCUCCGUGGAACACCGCCCGAGGACACUCGGGGGAACAAAGAGACAGUGACCGCGUCCACGCGGGCAGCGGGCAGCCUCCCGGCAGAGCGCGGGGCAGACGGACCGCGGGCGGGGCCCCAGGUGCUUUAGCCGCCGCCGCGGGGCCGGGGAGCCGCGUGUGUCGACACAGACCCCUCCUGAGAGCCUUAAGUGGAUUUUUUACACCAUCGAGUGGUCGUCAGCCCCCUUUCUACUUGCUCUCCUCUCGUUUCCGUUUGUAACGACGCCGGUGGCACGCGAGGCUGCUGUGGCUGGGACGGCGCCCGCCGUCGGACGCAGACUAACGAGAUGUAUUAAAUAAACGUGCUACACCCGCCUAUGCACCAUUC